AUGUGCACUUACAUUAGCGGCUGUGAUAAUUCUAAAUUUGGAUCAUACUGCAAGUCAUGGCUAACUAGUCCAGUGUGCUUCGGUUUGGCAAAGAAGUCUGAUGGAUCAAUUUGCUUCGAGCCAACUGACGCUGACUGCCACGGUGAGCCUAUUGCUUGUGGUGCAAUGAUUACUACUGAGGUUCCCAUCACUGAAGCAUCUACUACUGAUGUUCCUAUUACCGAGGUUCCUACUACCGAGGUUCCUACUACCGAGGUUCCUACUACCGAGGUUCCUACUACCGAGGUUCCUACUACCGAGGUUCCUACUACCGAGGUUCCUACUACCGAGGUUCCUACUACCGAGGUUCCUACUACCGAGGUUCAUACUACCGAGGUUCAUACUACCGAGGUUCAUACUACCGAGGUUCCUACUACCGAGGUUCCUACUACCGAGGUUCCUACUACCGAGGUCCCUACUACUGAGGUGCCUACCACUGAGGUUCCUACCACUGAGGUUCCUACUACUGAGGUUCCUACUACUCAGGUUCCUACUGCUGAGGUUCCUACUACUGAGGUUUCUACUACUGAAACUGCAACUACAGAGAUUGUCGCAACCACGAGUACAACUAGCAGUGUAUCUGAGGGUUUCCGAGGCAAUUACUGUGGUAAAGUCUAUGGAGAGAGUUUCAGCGUCGACUUUGACGAAAAUGGACGCGCUACUGUCAGCGUCCUAGGGCAAAGCGCGGGCGCUGAUUAUGAAGUUGCGGGUAAUGAUAUCGUCUUCUCCAAGUACGAUUCUAUGCUGCAACAGUUGAUGGAUAUGUUUCAUAUUAAAAGUAUCAGAGGCACUAUCAUCAGUUCUACUGAGAUCCAUAUCAAAGCAGGUUUCCUCAUCGAUACAACUCUUACUAGCUGUUAA